CAGGUUUUUUGUUUUGUUUUUCUACAAGAUAAAACAUGUUCACUGGAUUUGGGUUUCAGGUAAUGUUGAAGUAUUUGUAUCCUUAGCGUUUCAAAAAUGUUCUCAACACAUUAUGCAAAUUUAUGCAGUCAUCAUGCAGGGAUGAACGCUGCCAAAUUGGCAAGGGGAAAAAAUGUAAUUCGUUCUAAAAACAGAAACGUUUUCAGGAAGUUUCUCUCUUCAAGUCAGGGUGGAGGAAGAAGUCUGUGGCAGGAAGGAUGUGAGCGUAACCAGGAAGAAGCUCCAUCCGUUAGAUCCAGAACGUCUUCGACCUCUUGCCUGCUGAUUUCCUUGCUCUUCAUGAUGAAGUUUACUAACAUGCUGAGGCAUUCACAGAACAGCUGGAGUUACACUGAGGACUCUGUGAACUCAUUUCACCUGCAGGUAACCACAGCGAUGAAGAUGCUGCUCAGUUCUUCCAUUUGGGCCAUGCUCCUCCUCUUCCUCCUCGGUUUUCUGAUCCGGGCCGCGGAGAGCCGGACGCUGCACAUAGACGGCUGCUCUGCCAACGUUCACCUCCAUGAACUACACCAGUACUUCUCUGAGAUAAAAUCAGAUGCGAUAUCAGCAGACGGCGAGAUUGAAGUAAAACUUCUGGAUGCGUCUCUGAUGAAGAACGUUCAGCAGGAGGGCCAGACGUGCUGCUUUGUGCGUCUCCUGCUGCGUUUCUACGUCGAACGAGUCUUCGGCAACUACGACUCCUCUCAGCCAAGUCAGCAGCGCUGCUCCAGCGCCUUGGCAAACGCUUUUGUCAGCAUCAGAAGGGAAAUGCAUAAAUGUCACUGCCACUGUGGAGAAGAAACCCAGAGAACAAUUGACUCAGUGCUCGCCAGCUUUGACAAGCUGCAGAUCCAGCAGGCGGCGCAGAAGGCUGUGGGGGAACUGGGCACAGUGCUGGACUGGCUGGAGGGACUGGGAUCUAAAUCAUAAACACGAAGCUGACCCGCACGAGAGCUACUCGUUCGUCGACCCCUGAGCCAUUUUGCAUUUCUCUGUGUUUGUACUUGAAUUAAUUUAAACCUGUAUAUAUUUGUAUUCUCUCACACGUUCUUGGUGGAAUGUCUGAAGCUGAAAGGAUGUAUAGUUUGUUGAAAUUUAAAUGAGCAAUAGGUUUUUCUGUGACGUUGUAAAAUGACUUUUUAUUAAAACAAAGCUUUUAUCUCAAUUGUAAAAAUAAAUUAA